AGCUUCCUGAUCUAAGAUGUUGGUAGAGCUGACUAUCAGACGAGCGAUCUGCCGAUCUGAUGGUCGUCAUCAUACCAGGUCUAGAGACCGCAGGUCCUCACAAAACGGCUUCAUAUAAUGCUCAGAAUUCCCGUGUGGCGACUCCGGCCUCAUCCACAGUCUUGUCGGGCGGCAGAACAGAAUUACCCCCCUGUUUUACUAGUGGCACUGACUCAUUGCAUGCAAGCAUUCUCAGAGGGAGUGGUAAUGCUAGCUAGGAUUUGCAGCUGAUAAUUAUCUCCUGCUAGGAACCUUGCAACCGUCACUGAAUGGGUUUAUAUCUGAACCGGUGUCAAUAACCCAUCUAUGUUUUGCCCACAAGCCUCCCUUAUCUUCGAGUCAUAAGAACGGGAUCUCUGCAGAUAUCAAUGGCAUCGUUGGAAGAAGACUUAACUCCCGGAUCCCGACAAUCUAGAUGUCGCAAGUUCUUUGGAAAACUCGGAAGACUUGCUCUGGAUCAGUGGUUUCUUCUGGGCCUUGGAGUUGUCAUCCUUAUUGCUUCUCAAGUUCAGGUCCCAUCAUCUCAGCUGCAUAUCAAACAGGUUGUUGUCACCUACCUUUGUGUCGCAAUCAUAUUUUUCGCGACGGGUUGUACACUUCCAACACAGGCCCUAAUUAAGGGCAUUUCACGCUGGCAGGUGCAUCUAUUUAUACAGAUACAAUGUUUCCUUAUGACAUCAGCUGUGAUAUUUGGCAUAGUCUCUGCAUGUGCCACCAAUCCACACUUUAUGGAUGGCGGUUUGCUGGUUGGUUUGAUAUUCACUGGAUGUGUCCCGACUGCCAUCUCAUCCAACAUUGUCAUGACUCGAAAGGCACAUGGAAAUGACGCUCUGACAGUGGUCCAGUCCGCACUUGGAAACUUCCUGGGACCCUUCAUCACGCCACUACUGGUACAGAUGUACAUCGCACCUCACGCCUGGUACACGGACUUCCUUCCAGAGAGUUCGGGCAACUACGGCGAGAUCUACCGACGCGUCUUCAAGCAGCUUGGUAUCUCGGUCUUUAUGCCUAUGGUUGUCGGCCAGUGUCUCCAAUAUUGCUUCCCAAAAAGAAUAAGGAAGCGCUCAAUCCAGUGGAUGCUGAGCAAGCUUGGAUCGCUCUCCCUCCUGGUAAUUAUCUGGCAGACGUUUGAUCAAGCAUUCGGAUCAAAUGCCUUUUCAAGUGUCAAAGGAAAUAACAUAGUGUUCAUUGUGUUCAUUUCAAUCGUCUACUUCCUGAUUUGGCUGGCUAUUUGUCUGGCAACUUCUAUGCCAUGGCUUUCCAAACGAGAUACGAUCGCGGUGGCAUAUUGCGUCCCCGCAAAGACUCCGGCGAUGGGUGUUCCUCUAUCAAAUCUCAUGUUUGUGGGAUUAUCAUCGCUACAACAGGCCAAAAUCCAGAUACCAAUGGUGAUUUUCCAGGGGCUCCAGAUCUCGCUCAGCAGUCUUCUGGCGAUUUAUUUCCGAAAGUGGGUGGCAGUGGAGGAAAAAGAAGACUUGGAUAAGCAGGAUGAGCCCGGACAGAGCUCUGUUGAUAGCACCGUCAAAGCUUGACUGGUUGAUCAUCUUUUGGAUUGAGCUUAGUUCUAGAUACAAAUGCUUUGUCUUAUUUUGAUGUUUUUAAAUCACGUCAACCACAUAGAUCAUGUAAAUCUAUUAGUAUGAACAAAAAU